AUGUUAGAAGAAGGUACUCAAGAUUUAUUACCUGUCGAUAAUAUUUACAAUAUUCAGAUAGGUACUCAGACGUUUAAAAUCAGUGGUUUAUCAUUAAAUUCUGAUGCUCCAUCAUUUUUCACAGAUUAUUUUAUAGGAAAAGCAGAUAAGGCAGACCAGGUGAUGUUUGUUGAUAGAUCUGCUAAUGUAUUUGAAAAAAUAUAUUUACAUUUACAAGGUUAUGCCAUAAGGGUGGAUAAUGAAAUGGAAUAUUCUUUAUUGUUUUCAGACGCCGUUUAUUAUCAUCUUCCUAAAUUAUUGAAUUUCCUAAUAGAGUCUGAUUCUUUUUUUACUAAUAUCAGCGGUGAAAGUUUUCGAAUUCCAAAGAAUUUAUUUUCAAGAAAAGGAGACUCACCAAAUUAUUUCCAUAUGACUAGUAUUGUUGACAAUAUAAAUUAUAAAAACUACUAUGAAAGAUCUGUAGCUGAGAGAAGACCACUGAUUAUUCCAGCCCAUUUCGUUAGUAGGUCCCCUGAAUAUUUUAAAGACCUGCUAUCCUUGUUAACUGGUGCAUCUAUAAAAAUGAAUGAUGAAAGAAGAGAGUCGUUAAUUAAAGAAUGUAGGUACUAUAUGUUAUUGAAUCUAGAGCAGCGUUUGAUUAAAUCCAAAAUAAUUUUUAAUCCGCUAACUAAUUGCGAGGAUAUAAUACUAAACUUAUCUGAUUUGAAGAAAAAUGGUGUUGAAUUGGAUGCAAUCCAAACGUCAAAAGUUAACAGUGAGUCAACAACACCAACUACUGAGAACGAACAUGACCGAUGUUCUGAUGAACGAUCUCUUAAGAGAGCUAGAUUAAAUAAAAAUGCUGAAACAGAAAAAUUAUGGCAUAUAAUCGAAUACAAGAGACCGUAUUUGGAUGACGAUAAAAGAUCUUUGAUUUUUCAAAUAAAUACAAGCGAGACAUCUAUUUAUAUAAACCUUGAUAAAAAGGUAAUUCAUUUGGUCAUGGUUGGAGAGACUAAGAAACAAUUCGAGCAAGUGUUCGGGCCAGCCUUGGAUAAAGCUGGUGUACCAUUGACUGAUUAUAAAAUGAGAGUUCCGUUUUCAAAAUUCAAAACUCCUGAAAUAUUAGCUUUACCAGCUUGCUUUACAAUGUGCAAACUGUUGGUUAAUGACUCGGACUGCCCAUGCAUUAGCACAUUAAUAACGGAUUUGGGUAAAAACCAAGAUAUACCCUGGGAUAAGAAAAGAGAGAGAAUCGUAGACCUCACUAAUAUGAAUGAACUAAGUUGUUCUAAUGGUUUAAGAGUAUCGUGUAAUAAAUCAUUAUGGAAACUUGGUGUUAAUAAGGAUAAACUAAUCGUGCUAGGUGUAAGAGCACAAGUAUAUUCCAAUAAUAAAGAGUUUUGUAAAUCGAUCGAUUUUCUAUAA